GAGGAUUUUGAACCUAUUGGCUGCCAUCUCCAACCUGCAUCCGAAAUGCAUCUGGCCUUCCAUUCCGGGGAGCAUGCAGUGCCAAAGUCGCCCACGAUACGCUAUUUUGAGCCGAACCAUCGACGGAUGGACUUGUCCCGUCCGGCCUGUACGAUAUCGUCUGCCAGUGUUGGAUCCAGGUCGCUCCCCUCAGGGAGCUCGGUUGAUAGAGUCCUCGGGGUUGAACAGAACCCACAUGGCUCAGGGAAUGGGCAUUGCCAACGCCUUCCCCGAAGGAGCUGAAGAGCUCGGACUCUAGAGAGUCCGGCAUGAUUGUAUGCAUGCGCUCAAGUUUGGCCGAAAGGUUCAGUAUAAAAGGGGGACUAGACGCCAGCCAAAUCACCCACUUGUCAGAGCUCCAACUAUUGCGCCCAUCAUCAACAUGGCUCUUUCACGCUACCUCGUCCAAUUUCUGUCUCUCGCCACUACCAGCCUUGCUGUCAACAGCGAGGAGGCCAGUCUCAUCGCUUGGAAGGCUUAUGGGGACUUGAUCAAGAACUACAUCACGGCCAACCAGCCUCUCACUCCUGGAACCGAUUUCAUCUACGUCACGCCACUUACCUCCACCUUCGUCCGUGGUGGCACGCCUUGCCCUGAGUCCGUUACGAACUUUGAGCUCUACCAAUUUGCCGACCGUCUGCAGAACUCGGCUAGCCCGCUCCUUGACACCACAGGUCCCCUCUAUGCGCAAACCCUUGAGACCUACUUGCAAUCAGUGGCCAUCCUCGACAAGGAGUUAACCCCUGAGCAGAAGAAGAAGUUGGAUCAGCUGGAGAAAAAUGUCAACGACGCGAAGACAAAGUUCCAGAAGGCGAAAUCCAGCGCUUUCCUCGCCUGGAGGAAUGACGAGGUUGCGCAAUACUUCAAUCAGACCUUCCAAGCGUGGGUCACCGACAACGACCCUCAAUAUGCCAACUUCCAAGCUCAACUAGUCACUGCCGAUGCAUCCUACAACAACUACAUGUUGAGCAUCUACGGCUCCAAGUACAACCUACUCCAAGAGCAGCGAAACAACAUCAAUAGCAAAGCGCAGAACGAACUUGGUUCUGUCCCAGGACCAUGCCGCAACGAGACUGACUUCGCCCAUCAUCAUGUUGUUCACCCCCCGACGAACGUGACUAAUUGUACCGACAGCUACAACAUGAUGGUUUACCCUUCCGCCGACAGCUACAACGUCUCGAUUGACCCCUUUGUCAAGAAUGAGAUCACCGAGUCUACCAUUUAUCGCCCUGCCUACUCGCUGACUGGGUACGAGAACACCUGCGACAGCUACUUCAGAAGUACUCAAGGUUUGACUACUCUGCAAUAUGGCUUCACGAACGUCGACGGUCACGAUUGGAGCUCUCUGGGCUACACCAAGAAAGUCACCAAGGGCGGUGGCGGCUUGUUCGGCAUCAUUGGAUACAAGAAGUCGGGCGAGCAGGAAACCACUUAUUACAACUCCUGGAGUGGCUCCUGGGCGCAGGACGUCAAGAUCACCGUCUCCAUGAAGGGCGCACCUACUCUUGUCCCCAUCACCGCCGGCUUCUGGGAUGUCGGCAAUGUCCGCAAGACGUACCCCAAGCUCCGCGAGGGCGAGACGGACGACCUCCAAGGCCUUGUCCGCCUGACACAUGUGCUGGUCGGCUACCAGCUCGGCAUGACCAUCAAGUUCUCCAACUCGGAGAUGUGGAGGAAUGUAUCGCAGUUUAUUGAGACGGGCAAGAGUAGCGGUGGAGGCUCUCUCCAGAUCUUUGGCUUCGGUUUCGGCAAAGGUGGCGGCGGCGCAUACCAGCAUAGCACCAACGAUCUCAAGACCAGGACCACAUCUGAUGGCGGCGAGAUUGUCAUCCCGAAUACGCCCGAGGGUAUGUUGUUCAUGCUGGGUGCUCGCGGUAAGGCUCUGUAAAUACGUAGCUGCGUGGCUUGCACUCGACGGAGACGGGGAGGUGGAGUAUCAGAGCACAAGUUGUAGUUCCUCCUGUGAAGGGUAACGUGGAUAUUAGCUAGAUGAAUGAACGGACCGGUGUAGGCGAGGAGAUGUCGCGUGGUUCUGGCG